GGAGUCACUCUGCACAUGCUCAGUACAGUAAGUAUUGCUAUAGAGGUUUUUUCUCUUUGGCAGGGUGCAUUGAAUGCAGGGUCAGGGGGGAGACCGGAUAUAGUGAAUGCAGGGUCCAGGGAGACCGGAUAUAGUGAAUGCAGGGUCCGGGGGGAGAUCGGAUAUAGUGAAUGCAGGGUCCGGGGAGACCAGAUAUAGUGAAUGCAGGGUCCAGAGAGACCAGAUAUAGUGAAUGCAGGGUCCUGGGAGACCAGAUAUAGUGAAUGCAGGGUCCUGGGAGACCAGAUAUAGUGAAUGCAGGGUCCUGGGAGACCA